AUGACUUCUGUGCCUGAAGAUUUACGAAACGAGUUUCAACAAUGGGCGAUUACAAUCGAGGAAGAAAUUGCCAGAUUAAAAAAUGAGUUAAAAACAGCCAAAAAUGUUUACUUUGGUGCUAAAAAAAGGUUUCGCGAGAGAAAAAAGUCAAUAUUAUCUUUGGCCGAAAUUAAGUUUAAUAAUUCUCAAUCUAAUGUUUCUCGAUUAAACCAAAAGUUAGCCAGGAAAAACCAAGAAUUACAAGAAAUCGAAAAGCAAAAUAAAAGAAUUAGCCAAGACAAAGAAUCAAUAGGAGAACAAUUAGUCAAAGCGCAAGAAAUUAUUAAAGCAAAGGAAAUCGAAAUAAUUGAAUUACAGAACAGUUUAAAUCAAGAACAAAUCGCUCACAAUAGGACUUUUGAGGAAUUGGCUAAUACUACUGAGGGCUUUCAAAUUUUAGCCGAAAAAAAAGACAAUUUACAAGAACAACACCAGCAAGAUAUCGCCCAAAAACAACAAAAAAUUACUGAACUUAAUAAAGAUUUACGAAACGAGUUUCAACAAUGGGCGAUUACAAUCGAGGAAGAAAUUGCCAGAUUAAAAAAUGAGUUAAAAACAGCCAAAAAUGUUUACUUUGGUGCUAAAAAAAGGUUUCGCGAGAGAAAAAAGUCAAUAUUAUCUUUGGCCGAAAUUAAGUUUAAUAAUUCUCAAUCUAAUGUUUCUCGAUUAAACCAAAAGUUAGCCAGGAAAAACCAAGAAUUACAAGAAAUCGAAAAGCAAAAGAAAAGAAUUAGCCAAGACAAAGACUCAAUAGGAGAACAAAUAGCGCAAGCGCAAGAAAUAAUUAAAGCAAAGGAAAUCGAAAUAAUUGAAUUACAGAACAGUUUAAAUCAAGAACAAAUCGCUCACAAUAGGACUUUUGAGGAAUUGGCUAAUACUACUGAGGGCUUUCAAAUUUUAGCCGAAAAAAAAGACAAUUUACAAGAACAACACCAGCAAGAUAUCGCCCAAAAACAACAAAAAAUUACUGAACUUAAUAGUGAAAUCUACGCAGUGCAAGCACAAUUAGAUUCCGCCGAAGCAGAGUUAGAACAAGCCCGUGAUAAUUUCUCAACCGAACAAGAUACUCACCAAGCAACUCAAGCUGAACUGCUCAGAAAAAAUCAGGACUUGUCAGAAAUUGAGAGAAAAAGAAAUGAGUUGCAAAUCCAACUUAAUUCUCUCCAAGCCGAGAAAGAAACUUUGCUCGAAAAUCUUGCUAAUACAUUAAUAAAUUUAAAUAAUCUUAAUAAACAAAAUAAGAAACUGCUAUUAAGUCAAAGUUCUCUCGAUAAUCCCCAAUCCCGAAUUAAUUAUUUUCAACAAUCAGCGAAUAUUUUGCUUAAUAAAAGUAAAGAAGCAUUUAAACAAGUUUCUCGCCUUAACAUUAAACGAGCUGGAAGAGUUUUGGGAAGUGCGGCCUUUUUAGCUUUAUCGCAUUAUGGUACUUAUCGACAUGGACUAAAUUCGGUCAACUUACUUUCCAAUCCAGUAAAUAAUUCUUGUGAAUGUUCUCGCCUUUCUAAUGAUUUUAGCCAGUCACAAAUAGACAAUCAAAACGCAGAGAAAGAGGAUAAAAUUAUAGUUGAAUUAGAAAACAGUGAAAUUGCAGGAAUAAAACAAAAAGAAUUAGUUGUUCAUGGCAGCAGUUUGGAAAAGUUUUACUCUGAAAUAAGUGAUAAAGAUAAGCAAAAUAAGAAAUUAAAAAAGCAAAAAAAUAAUCUGCUGAAAAAUAGAGAUAGUAAUGAAAAAAAAUUAAAAAUAAAAUUUUUCAAAGAAAAAACGCAAAAUAAACAACUCAACGCUGAACUGGAAGAAACAAAAAGAAAUCUAACGGCUGCUAAUGACCAAAUUCAAGGUCUAAAUAAGAAAAAAAUAACUUUAACCAGCGAAAGAGAUAGCCGCCCUAACAUUACUGUUGAUGAAUAUAAUAAUUUAGUUAAUAAUCUUAACAGUAUUCAACCCCAAUUAAUUCAAAGCCAGCAAGAGGAAAGAGAGUUUCAAACCAAAUUUCUUAAUGAGCAAGCAGAGCAUAAUAAGACUAAAAUAGAAUUGGCAAGUUGA